CCCUCUCCCCCUUUAGCGCCUUGAAAGACACGUGACACAGGCGGACUUUUUUUUACUCUCCUUGCCCUCAGAUAUCCCUGCGCCGCGGAGGAGGACGCUAUUCCUAGCCAUUUCUUUCAAUCUGAGCAAAGGCAGGGCGGUGAUCAGUAAGGCCCGCCUCCUCACGUCCUGCGAUUGGCAGCGAGUUCUCCCAAUGGUCUGCUUCCCAUUCCGAGUAGCUAGCGGCGCGGCCCAAUGGGAGCGCAGGGGCGGGGCUCGACCAGGGCUAUACGACGCCAUCGCCCUCCGACUCCUCCUGGCGCGGAAGAAGCUGUUGUUGUUAGCCGAGGCGCUGAGCGCGUUCGGGCCGCGCCGCCGCCAUUUUGUGAGAGUGUCUCGGGCGGGGGGCGCCAUGUUUGUAAGGAAGAAAUAACCGGGCAUCUCCGGCCACCAGCAUUCCCUACCCCCCGUGUGUCCUCCUCCUCCUGUGCCCCGGGCCUGCUCCUCCGGGCCGCGCCGCCGCGCCGCCGGCCCCGCCUGCCCGCACGGACUGCCAGAGCGGGCAGCGGGGCGGCCGGGCUCACCCUGUGCAGCCUCCUGCACAGAGUGACUGUUAGUGUCUCACUAAGUAACCGUGAGUGAAACCUUCAUCAUCUCUCCUCGCUGAGGGACCGACCCUCCUCCUCCUCCUCCUGCGCCUCCUCAGCGAGCCUCCUGCGCCGCCGAGUGCGCGCCGCCUCCUCCUCACCAUCACCACCACGGGCAGCAGCAGUGUCCUGCCUUCCUCCUCCACCUCCCUCCUCCUGCUCACCCCAGGGCCCGCACCAUGGCCUUUGAAAGCCUGUUCGCCAACCCCCCAAACCCAGUCCUUGGCCCAAACAUGCCCGACUCUGACAGGCACCAUGCGGGGGACGAAAGGGAAGAUGGUGAGCUAGAAGAUGGUGAAAUAGAUGAUGCAGGAUUUGAAGAAGUUCAGGAAGAACAGGAUGCAAAGGGGGAAGAUAAAGAGAAAAAUGAAAAAGCACAUAGAAAAUCACGAAAGAAACGCAAAAAAGAAAAGGAAAAGAAAAAAUCCAAAAGAAGAAGACGGGAUAAACAUAAGCAUAAUUCCCCCUCCAGUGAUGACAGUUCAGACUACAGCCUGGAUUCUGAUAUUGAACGUACAGAAAGACCACAUAAGAAGGGAGUUGGUUUGUACAGAGAUUAUGAUAGCUCAUUCCUUCAGCAUGGACAUUUAUCAGGAAACUACAUGACUUCCCAGAAGGCACAACAUAAUAAAAAAUUAAAAAAUAAGGAAUAUGAUGAAUACACUAAUUACAGUGAUGAUAACUUUGGUAACUAUAAUGAAGAAGAAAAGGAGGAGGAUUUUGCUGAUCAGUUAAAACAAUACAGAAAAGCUAAAGAAACUUCAAAUACUGAUUUAGGAGCUCCAUUUCCUAAAGAACCAGUGAAAAAACAGGGGAUGAAAGGAAUCCAGAAAGGUAUUGCACAAAGGGCUUUUGGUGUUGGUCGAGGGCGUGGAAUUCAGAAGAAGUUGAAGCGUAAAGAUCGUGGAAGGGGGAGAGGGGCCAAUAAAGGACCUGAUGGCUUUCAAGAGGAAGGCAAACCAGUGAAGAAAUGGGUGAAUAUGAGUCAGGAAUUCAUAAAUCAACAUACGGUGGAACAUAAAGGAAAACAAAUAUGUAAAUAUUUUCUUGAGGGAAGAUGUAUUAAGGGAGACCAGUGUAAAUUUGAUCAUGAUGCGGAGAUAGAGAAGAAAAAAGAAAUCUGCAAGUUUUACAUACAGGGUUAUUGUACCAAAGGAGAGAACUGCAUUUAUUUGCAUAAUGAAUUUCCUUGCAAGUUCUAUCAUACAGGAGCAAAAUGUUAUCAAGGGGAUAAGUGCAAGUUUUCUCAUGCUCCAUUAACUAAAGAAACAAAAGAACUGCUAGAUAAGGUUUUGAAUACUGAAGAGGAGCCACAAAAUGAAGAUGAAAAAGAACUGGAGGAACUCAGAAAGCGUGGCAUAGUUCCUCUUCCUAAGCCACCUCCAGGAGUUGGACUUCUGCCAACUCCACCCGAGCAAUUUUCAUUUUCUGAGUCUGAUACAGAAAUUUUUCAAGAUCCUUCUGGUGAAUUCAAGAAAAUUCCAUCUCUGUUUGAGAUUGUUGUGAAACCUACUGUGGAUUUAGCACACAAGAUUGGAAAAAAGCCACCAACGUUCUAUAACAGCACAUCACCACCAAGACCGCAGUUUCAGGGAAAUGACCCACAUCCUCAGCAUAUGUAUAAUCCAGGGUCAAGUCCAGGGCCUGGUCCCAGCAUACCACAAGGACAUAAUGGACCGGUAAUGCACCCAGGUUCUCCGGGGCAUCACCAGUGUACAGGACCCCAAGGUCCAGCAGUGCCACACAGCCCUCCUUUGCAACCUGUUCCACCAGGCUUUUUAGGACCACAGGGUCAAACUGGCAUACCAAUUCAAGCACAGGCUGGUCCACCUUUAACACCUCCAGGCAUUGGUGCACCAUACAACACUCCAGGAGUUCAAGGACAUAUGAUGAAUAUACCCAGAGAGAAUCAUUGCCCACCAGGCCCACUGUAUCAGCAGAUUCCUGGUGAACGACAGCAGAAUAUCAAUUAUGAAUCUAUUCAGAACCCAGCUGAUUUCUAUGACAAUUACUAUUCACAUCAAGCUGUACAUAGCUUUCAGCCAACUAAUAGCACAGGAGAUGGAACAUGGCAUGGAGAAUUUACUGAUCAUCAGGCUCACCUCAUUGUUCAAGAUUCACAUAAGAGUGGAAAUGAGUCAGAUCAUGUCAGUAAAACAGGCCAUAAACCUGCUAUUAAUGUACCGGAUUUUCUUCCAGCAAUGCAGAAAGCCCUUUUUGUAAGACUUAGUCAAAAACAGCAAGAAGAUGGAGAACCAAUCAGCAGUCAGUCUCAGAGGGCAAUGAGCAAGGAAGAAGAUGAUAACGUAAACUGGUACUCUAGUAGCGAAGAGGAAGAGGGAAGCAGUGUUAAAUCGAUAUUAAAAACCUUAAAGAAACAAACAGAGAAUAUUAGGAAUCGGCAACAACAUUCCACAGAACAACAUAUGGUCAUUGUUCCUACUGACCCAAGACUUUCUAAAGAGAAAUGUACAGGAAACCAGGCUGUUGAUCCGAGACUGAGAUCCACUCCUAGAUCAAAUACUAGGAAACCUACAGAGUCGUCAUCUUUUGACCCAAGGCUUGCACGGGAUCCCAGAAUGUUAAAGGUUAAUGAAAGUGGUCUUGCAAGUUCUUCUGUUGGUGGAACAAAGUUAGAUUUACAUCAUGCACCCACUGGAAUUAAGGUCAAGCAAAAAGGAAUGGAUGAUGAUGAAGAGGAUGGAGAACGAGAAUUGAGAGAGAGAGCUUUUCUAAUACCUUUGGAACCUUUACCUGGUGUAACAUUAAGGGAUCCAAGAUCUCAGCUUCGACAGUUCAGCCACAUUAAAAUGGAUAUUAUCCUGACCAAACCAAACUUUGCUAAACAUAUUGUAUGGGCUCCUGAAGAUCUACUUCCAAUACCCUUGCCGAAACCUGACCCGGUGUCUUCAAUUAAUUUACCUCUUCCUCCACUUAUAGCUGACCAGAGGCUUAAUAAAUUACGUAAUUUAAAAAGUGAUCCCCUUCCAAAUGCAAUGCCAGCUGACCCAAGACUGGCAGCAAAAGCAAAAAAUAAUAUAACAAGCAGAAGUGGCUCUUUGGAUCAGUCUGCAGAUUUGCAUGCCAGUAGUUCAAGCAAAUUAGGAGAUCCUCGCUUACAAAAAAACGUUGAUCCCAGACUCCACAGACUGUCUAGUACAGAUACUCACCAUGGAAUCACAAAGGAUUCUCAUCCUCCAAAAUUUGACCCUCGUCUAACCAGAUCUGGUAUUGGUUCAUCCCAGCCCUCAGAAGCUGUAAUAUGUAAAGCUGAUCCAGACAUUCUGCCUCCUUAUGCACCCAAACUGUCAUCAGCGGGUGUUAGACUGGGAACUCCAAGCUCAAUACUUAGUGGUAUUAGUUUGUAUGAUCCAAGAGACCACAUUUCAUCUUCAUUAGACCCAGCGCCAGUUAAUUCAGGAGAGAAUGGAGAGAACCAGAAAAAAAGUAUUUUGAAAAAUACUAGCAAAAAUGAAUCUACUCUGUCAGAAGACCUGUUGCCACAGAAGUCUGUCCCAAAUAUGGAUAAAAAUACAGACGGAUCAGCAGAGGCCAAUUUAGAAAAAGCAAAUAGCAUCAAUAAAUCUCAGGCUAAGCACUCCAGUACUGCACCAGCAGUGCAUAAUCUUCCUAUCCAAGCUUUAUCAGGAUUGAUCAGACCACAGUACAGUGAUUCAAGGCAAGUUAGACAGCCUGGACAGGUAAAUCAAAUGCAAGAUAAUGAUCCAAGUGGGGAAUCUGAUGAUAAGUCACUAAAAGAUGUUUUCAAGACUUUUGAUCCAACUGCUUCACCAUUUUGUUAGCAAUUGCUUUAUUAAGUCUUUUUACAGUUGUGAAUAUUGCAGUUUUCUGCUGUUUUGUAACUGGUUUACCUAUUUGCGUUAUUUAUUUUUAAAUUAUAAUUAUCAACACUUUUCAGCUGCUAAUCUCAGAACCACAUGCAGUUUCACAGUAAGCUAUAGUGUUUGCACAGUAUUUUCUAUAUAAUACUUUUCCAAUUUCAGGGAGACUAAUAAUUGACAUGUAGAAAAGACCCUCUAUCAUGUUAGAGCUGAUAAAAGCACUUUCAUUGUAAAUAAGUCAUUUAGAAUUCAACUCAGAAGACCUGUAUAUGUGUAAGCUGUCUCUUUCAUAAUCAACAUUUAGAUAUUAUGAUUGCCACUUUUGUAUGAUUGUAUAGAUUCAAGCAAUAUGAUGUACAUUACUGUGAGAGAGACUCAGACAAGAAUUGUCUUACUUAUCAAGCCAAACCUACUAACUGAAAUAUACAUAAAGGAAGUAAAAGGAAAAUGUUGAUCCUCCUUUUCAGAGCAGUUGAUGUAAGGCAUUGUUUUUAUUCAUGCAGUCAAUAUUCUUAGUGUAAAAGAUACCUAUCACAUAUUGAGGAGUUAAAAUGUCAUAUCUUUUUAAAGUAUUUUAUUCUAUACUGUAUAUAGAAGAAAUUGUGAAGUACAUAACUAGAAGAACAUUACUGUUAAAGUGGAGAAUACCUAAGUUGUCUAAUACAAAAAAGUUUAUUUAAUUUUUCAUGCAUACACAAUUCUGAAUUAGUGCGAUAGCUUACAUUUUGGUGUUCAUGUAUUUCAAUGUAUUUUUGUAUUCAGCUGUUUAAUUUGUAUUGCUUUUUUUGUAUUGAUGUAACUGCAGUACUUGUAUUCAUUGUGUCUUAUGACAUUUUUAACAAAAAAUUAAAAGAUACAAUCAAAGUCACAUAGUCACUGUUAAAUUGAUAAGCCUGCUAAAAUACCAGAUUGUUACACACACAGAAAACAGUAAUGGAGCAAGUCUGAAGCAGAGAUGAUGAUUAAACUUGCUGUAUUAUACUCAGGUGCCACAAGAACUUGUGUCCCAAUUCUGCAGUCCUUUAGUAGGCAAAACUCUCAUUAAUUUCAAAGGAAGUGUUAGCUCAGUCAUGGCUUCAGGGUCAGACCUUUAGUAAGAGAGAGAGUUGGGGUUUUUUGGGAGGUGGAGUUGGUUUGUUUAUAUAAACUAAAAUAUCUAGAUGGUUACGCACAAUGACACACUCCAUAUGGAGUGUCCAGCAGUAUCAUGGAUUUCCUUUGAGCAUUCAUGGAGUAGCAGGCUCAGAUCACAGCUGUCCUCAUUGUCUCCUUUGUUCCUCUCUUUGGGCUGUUUUUGUAUAUAGUUGAGUUGUAUAGCUAGUUAGAUUGUUUUUUGUUUUAUUUAAAAAACUAGAUUUUGAUGCCUUCACUGCUGCAGGAAUCGUGGCUCCAGCUCACUUGGGUUACUCCCUUUCAUUAUAUCUCCUCUUAGUUGGGCUUUUUUCCUUUUCCAUUUAGUGUGGUGUUUGGCUUAGGACAUGUCAUGGCUGAGAUAACACCUUAAUGUUGAUCACAGAUGACUAUUUUAAGUGUCUGUUGUGCCUGUGUGAAAGCAGUAUUCCAUACAGGUGCUGUAACUAGCUAUCUUAACUUCAUGAAGAGAACCCAGAAGAAUCAGGAAGGCAAUCUGAUGAUAAAUAUUACAUUUGUGCUAUGUGGCAGAGUUAACAUUGCUUAUAGGAACUUCACUUUUCAAUUUGACUUCCUGAUUAAUUUCUGAAACUUAAUGCUGUAUGAAUAAAGUAGUGCUAUUAAAAAUCAAAAUACACAUAUUAAAUGGAUAAAAAGCUGGCUGGCUCAUAGAUCUGAAAACAGUUGUUAAUUCAGAGUUAUCAACUAGUGGGAUUGGUGGUUGGGUCAAGUGCUGUUCAGUACCUACUUAUCUGGAAAAAAUAGAAAUAAUACAAACAUAUAAAGUUUGCAGGUGACACAAAGAUUGGCGGGGUAGUUAAAAAGAAUUACUUGGACAGGUGAGUGACCUGGAGUUUUUGGUAAGCUCAGGAAAGUUGAGCAAUAUGCAUAUUAAUACAACCAAAUGCAAGGCUUUACAUCUAGGAACAAAGAAUAUAGGUCACACUGUCUGAUGGGGGCUGUAUUCUGGAAAGUUAUGACUCUGAAAAGAACUUAUGGGUUAUUGUAGGUAACCAACUGAAUAUGAACUUGCAAUGCGAUGCUGUAGUAAAAUGGGCUCACGCUAUGCUUAAGAGAAUAUCUUACAGGACUAGGGAGGUGAUAUUACGUCUUGUGUAUGGCAUUAAUGAGACCACUACUGGAGUACUGUGUCCAUUUCUACUGUCCACAGUUUUUAAAAGAUGUUGAAAAACUAGAGAGGAUUCAGAGAAAAGCUUCCAGAAUGAUUUGAGGAUAGCACCUUAAAGUGAGACACCUUUAAGGACCCGAGCCUAUUUAACUUAUUAGAGAUUUAGCCAUAGCUGCAAAUACCUCCACAGGGAAAAGAUAUCUGAUAGUUCUUUAAUACCAGAUAAAAGCAUAGCAAGAGCCAAUGGCUCGAAUUUAAUGAAAAUGAAAAAAAUUUAAUGGCAAGUGUAACUAACCAUCAAAACAGCUCGCUUAGUAAGUGGUGGAUUCUCCAUCACUUGUGGUACUUAAAUUAGCUGAUCAGACUUGUGUGUUUUUUUUAAAAAUGGAAUUGUGGGUUUUGUGAUAAAAGCAUAAAUUUUGCCACAGUCUCAGGGCAUGGCCUAAUAAAGAUUUUCAGAUAUGAGGCCAUUGCCAACUUUUAAAAUAUCUGCCAAAGCUAACAUAAUAUUGUCUUAACAGGCAAAUAAUAUUGUUUUACAGUUGGACGUACAAGGGGUGUAUUCUUGAGUUUGCUUCAACCCAUGACCUUAAAAUUGGUGAACACUUUUUUUUUUUUUUUUUACUAAUUUUGAUUGUCAAUGUGUAGUCUUGGCAGAAUUUCAUCCCAUUUCCCUUUUUUCUUUCAGAUGCUACCUUGGUUGUGUGAAAGCUGCUUGGUGAUUGGAUAAUAUUAACUUUACACAGUAGCUAAAAGAUACUAGAUUACUAUUGGCUAUUGCAAAUGCUUCAAACAUGUUAAAAAGAUAUACGCUUGCUCGAGAGUCAUCUCCAUCAACAGAGACAUCUCAUGCCUCUACUGACUGCAGCGAGUAUGUGUUAUGCCAGAAGGAGACAGAUGCAGAGUUGAUUAAUCCAGUAGAGUCAAAAAGAGAGCAUGCUGGAUCUGGCUACCAAACUCUAGAAGAAAAUAUCAGAUGCUUCCAUUUCUCUUAUGCAUAGAUAUAUGCAGAUUAUGCUGAUGGUAUUGAAAAAACACUUUGAACGAAAAAAAUGGAUGUUGGCACAAAUGUUGCUACAUGAAGUUUAACAGGACCAAACUUAAAAGGGCUGAGGUGGAGGAAGCUGAGAAAGUUGUGGCUCAAAUUGAAAAGGAAAUACGUUGAAGAGACCAACGGGGAAAAAAGGCAUCCUUUGUGAAAUGAACAUACUUUCACAAGACCUCCAUGAAGUUUCUGCCCUCAGCAUUGAUAGUCGGGCUAGUUGGAAGAUUAUACUUCAGCUGCAAAAUCAGUGCUUGUUUGCAAAACUAAAUGCAGCAGACUUAACAGCCCAAGAGGCAAUAUAUCAUACAACAUGUUUGGUGUCUCUCUACAACAAAGGGAGAAGAAAACCAAGCAAAGCAACACAGAGAAUAUGUUGCAUGGAAUUGCCUUUGUUGAACUGAUAGCAUACGUUGAAGAGACAAGGUUGAAUGAAGAUGUGGCUGAAAUCUUUAAAUUAGCAGACCUCACAAGGUUCUGUACAGCUAGAUUAGAACAGCUGGAGGUGACACUGGCUGUGCAGAUUCACAGUGCAGAACUAAAAUCCCAUAUACUUUCAUGCAUUGCAGAUCAACCAGAAUAUUGGACGUCUCCUCCGAAAAGCACGUGAGGAAGACUGACGAAGAAGCACUUCACCUGUCCCAAACAGCAAAAAUUAUUCAGAGGGACAUGUUUCAAUUGAAAACAGUUUACUGGAUCAUUUGAUGCAAGAUGCCAAGCAAAAUAUGUUCCUGAGUGAUUAUUGGCACUGAUGUCCCUAAUAUUGGAUGGUCCAAACAUUUAAAACUCAGAACAAAUUUCCAUUCAUCCAACUUACCCUUAUUUUGGCACAACUAUUGCAGUACAACAGCAACAUCCAUUGCCACAAAGGAAUAGAAAAUUGUACCACAACAAAGCUCAAUAAAUGCCUUUACCAAUCUACAUAUGCAGUGGUGUUGUAGCCAUGUUGAUCCCAGGAUAUUAGAGACAUGGGUGAUAUUUUAUUGGACCAACUUCUG